GUGCCCGAAGAUCAGAGGGUGUGACAUGCGCACUGCACGGAGCGCUCACAAGCUGCGGACACAAUGCAGGAAAAUAAAGCCCACAUCUUGCUUCUUGACAUUUUGCCGUCUCUUAAUAAGGUGUUAUAAAUUUUUUCCUUUAGGAAAAACUCAUUUUUUCUAUUCGGUAAAGACAGAUUUGCCCCGUGUACUCUCGUAAAUUGGUGGGUGUACUGUGCCCGGAGCUCAGUGGAGACCUGUUGAUCGUCCAGAGGCGCUGCAAUGGAGUUGUCAAACAGACAAGUAUGACAUUUAACUGAGAGAAGAAGGAAGAGGAAAUUUUCACUCAAACUGGCAACAAUGGAAAUCAUAGAUACCCAGUGUGCCUUGGCAGCAGUGGAGAGACUGCAAGCCAAAUUGAAGGAAAGAGGAGAGGCUCCCACUCAGGAGAAACUCUCCCUACUAAAGACUGUCCUGCAGAGCCCCCUGUUUCUUCAUAUACUGAGCUUACAGCAAGCUCAACAGAAGCCUGCAGCGAAGGGGAAGGGCAUUUCCAAGUCUGUGUCCAUGAACUGUGGCCCGUGCCAGGGUGCAGAACUGGGCCUGAAGACGCUGAGCCACAGUGACUCAUACACAUGGGCCGUGGAGAACAGAAGGCCCAGCAUUGGCAGGGAUGGCAGUAUCUCGUCUCACAGCUCACAGGAUCUGUCCUUCUCAGACAACUAUCCAGACAACUAUGUUCAAACUGAAUUUCAGUACUGCACUCCACCUCGAAUUACCCGUACCAUGUCGAUGGGGAGAAACCUUUCUGCUAUUGCACAUGAGAGGCGUCAUGUGGAGAUGAUAGAGCUGACCAACGAUGGGAAAGGACUUGGUUUUGGCAUCAUAGGAGGACGGAGCACAGGAGUCAUGGUCAAGACCAUCCUCCCUGGAGGAGCUGCUGGAAGGGAUAAGCGUCUGCGCAGUGGAGAUCAGAUCCUGCGUAUCGGCGACACGGAUUUAGCGGGCUUGAGCAGUGAGCAGGUGGCACAGGUGCUGCGAAAUGCUGGUAUCAGGGUGAAACUGCUCAUCGCCAGGGAUAUUCCCAAAGACAACCACUGUUCCUCCCCUAUCCUCAACCAGGAAAACCUGGAUGGCAAGGUCAGUGAUUUGAAUGAUGAUUAUGAGUUCAGAGUGCAGUUCACUAAAAACAGUCGGGGCUUGGGAUUCACCAUCUCUAGCUAUGUAGGUGACCUAAACUCAGUAUACAGUGCUGGUGUGAUGGUAAAGAGCAUAGUAAAAGGCAGCACUGUUGAUCAAGAUGGACGCAUACGCAUUGGAGACAUUAUCUUGUCUGUUGAUGGGGUGAGCUUACAGGGCUGCAGUGAACAGCGAGCUAUGGAAGUGCUGAGGAGAACAGGUCCAUUGGUCAGACUUAAGUUGCUGAGGAAGGCCGUCCAUUUCAGUCACAUCCUACCUCCGGUUCCUCCUCUGCAGCACCUCCGACAUUCUCACAGCUUCCAUGAAGGCAGUCUCUAUAAAUGGGGCCUCAACAAAAUUCAAGAGACAGGCAUUUGCUCUCUGCGUGAAAUCUCCAGGAGAGCAGCAUAUGCCAGCAGACGACCCCAACAUGAUUCCAAAAACGAUGUGAAACUGACUCCAGCUGAGGAGGAAACCCUGAGAAAGAGGUGGCAGCAAGCAGUAGGACCCCGAUAUGAAGUGAUUGUGUGCCAGCUGGAGCGAUUCAGUGAGACAAGUGGUCUGGGCAUCAGUCUGGAGGCUCGGGCGGGACAUCACUAUCUGUGUUCCAUCUUACCUGAGGGGCCCGUUGGCCAGAGUGGAAAGAUCUUCACUGGAGACCAGAUGUUAGAGGUGAAUGGAAUUCCUCUUAUCGGAGAGACACACAAGGAGGUGGUCAAUAUUCUGAAGGAGCUUCCAGUGCAUGUAUGCCUUGUGUGCGCUCGCAUUAUACCUCCUUCAGUUCCUGACAGUGAUGAGGAAGAUGAUGAUGAUGCCUGUCUCACCCUGAAAGAGCUGCUGGCUGGGUUCAACGAUAAGUUGGACCAGGGCUGUGUCAUUCCCUGUCCUACAGCUGAGGACAUCACCAAGCGUGGCGUGCCCCCCAUGUCACCUCCUUUGGCCAUGUGGGAGAGAGAGGCUCAGGUGGUCGAGCUGGAGAAAGGCGAGUCGGGACUGGGCUUCAGUAUCUUGGACUACCAGGAUCCAGAAGAUGCCUCCAAAACAGUUCUGGUAAUCCGAUCCUUGGUACCUGGCGGUGUAGCAGAUCAAGAUGGUCGCCUGCUUCCUGGGGACCGGCUCAUGUUUGUCAAUGAAACUGACCUUGAAGGCUCCAGCCUGGAUUAUGCUGUGCAUGUCCUAAAGUCCACAGGUUAUGGCCCUGUCCGCAUCGGCGUUGCCAAACCCCUGCCGCUGGAACUGUGUGGUGGCUUAACACCGAUCUCAGAGAGGAGCACACAGGCUUCCUGCGACGACAAUGACAGCCACACUCAGGUCAGUCUGGUAGCCGAGGCUAACAUCAACACCACCACUUGCAACUCAGAGGACAAUAGCACCAGCCAGCCGUGUUACACGGAAAACCAGCUGCAUCAUCGCUUCAGCACCAUGGAUGAUGACAAUAUGCAGCAACCGCCACCUCUGCCCCCCCGCACCAGCUUUGAGAGGACAAUCACUGUUGUGCGGGGCAACCGUAGCCUUGGGAUGACAGUAAGUGCUAUCAAGGAUGGUUCAGGCAUGCUGGUGCGCGGUGUGGUCCAGGGGGGGGCUGUUAGCCAGGAUGGCAGGCUCGGGGUGGGGGACGCCAUCUUGGCCAUCAAUGGAGAAUCGACUUCCUACCUGACCAGCGCCAAGGCCAGGGCCAUGCUACGAAGGCACUCUGUCAUAGGCCCAGAAAUGAGUAUAACCUAUGUCCCAGCCCACCAGGUGGAUGAACACCGUACUCGGCUGUGUUUGCCCCCUCUAGCAUCAGUUGCUACAGACAGCCCCUCUUCUUCACCCACUCUAGUGACUGCAUCAGACCCGGCCAGGUCCUCGAGUCACCCGGCUUUGUCAACGCUCAAGCCGUCUUCCUCAGUCACAUUUAACGCUGCAACUCCGGAUCCAGCCUCAGUCAGAGUUUCGGCAUCUUUCAAAGCUCCUUUUAAAGGCCCGGUCACAGUUCCGACCAUCACCCCAGCCUCAGACUCAAGCUGGCAGAUUCCAAAAUCUCUACCUCAGAAGAAUAAAGAUGGAGACAUUACAGAAGAGGAAAAGGACAUUAUUAAUAAAGGUGGGACAGCAUCAAAGCCAGAAGUGGAAAUAAAAGUGGAUGGUUCAGAAGACGGAAAAGAAGAGCUUCAUUCUGCUGCAGUGUCUUGGGAUCAUCCUAAAAGAGUGCGACUCACGCGAGCACCGGGUCAGUCCCUGGGUAUCAGCAUAAUGGGAGGUAGAGGCAUGGGCCGAAGACUGAGCAGUGGCGAGAUGAUGAGGGGAGUCUUCAUCAAGAACAUCAGCCCAGACAGCCCAGCAGCACAUAAUGGCACCCUACGGGCUGGAGACAGGAUACUGGAGGUGUGUGAUGUGGACCUAAGAGAUGCCAGCCAUGAGCAAGCAGUGGAGGCCAUCCGCAGAGCUGGAGACACUGUGACCUUCUUGGUCCAGUCUGGACAAGACAGACCUCAGUCUCCUACUCCCAUCAACCAUGAAAGACUAACUCCAACACUGCUGUCCAACUCACACAGCAUCAGGGAAGCAGAGAGCCUUGGUGGUCUGUUCCUUAGUGUUUCUCCUGCAAACCCCUUCGUUCCCACCCCAUUUAAGGUACCUUCACCCACAUCCGAUAGAAUGGAUCAGAGAAGCCCUACGAAUUUCACAACACCAGUCACAGGAACAGCUGAAGAUGCAGACAGCUCUGGCAGAAAAAAGAUGCUUCAGCGUUAUGGCAGUCUGUCUGGAAAGCUCCAAAUGAUUGAGCUAGAGAAGGAUCCUGCAGCUCACGGCCUGGGAAUCGGCCUCGUAGGCAACAAGGACGGCUCAAGGGCCCGUAUGGGUGUCUAUGUGGCAGAUAUAGACCCUCUAGGCCCCGCCGGUUUAGAUGGGAGGAUACAAAUUGGGGAUGAGCUUCUGGAGAUUAACGGUCAGAUCUUGUACGGCCGGAGUCACCAAAAUGCCUCCGCCAUCAUCAGUAAUGCUCCGUCUAAAGUCAAGAUCAUUCUCAUCAGAAAUAAAGCAGCUCCAGGUGAAAUGGUCCAGGGAUUCAGGAAAGAGUGUGAGGACGCAGUCGACUCCCAGGCAGGCACUGGAGUGUGUGGACAAAUCUUCAGUGACACUGAGCACAUUAUUCUACCUCAGGAUUACGUAGGUCUUGGACUCUGCUUGGAAGAGGACAACUCCAGCAGAGGACUGGUGGUCACAUCCCUGAUCCAGCAUGGCACUGCCAGUAAGAAUGGCAGGAUAAAGGUUGGAGACAGAAUCGUAGCAGUGGGUGAUGAACCUGUGGCUGGACUGUCAGUAAAGAAGGUGUCCAGUUUGAUUCUCAAACACCGAGUCACUGUCAAGCUCUCCAUCAGGCAUUCCAAGAGUCUCUCCUCCUCUUCUUCACUCCCUCUCCCCGCAUCACUUUCCAGUCCCCGCUUUCUCACUCCAGCUUCCUCUCUGAGCCUUCCUGUCGCCUCCUCCUCCUCCUCUUCAUCUCUCAAUACCAUGCAGACCACUCCAAUGGAACGGUCUGAUUGGCCAGGAUCAGCGCCCACAACUUCCGACCCCCUCGGCUGCCCAAUUGUUGCAGGAAAGGAAACUACUGUAGAGAUUUAUAAGGGAAAUGUAGGCCUGGGUCUCAGCAUCGUAGGUGGAUGUGACACUCUGCUGGGGGCAGUAAUAAUCCAUGAAGUUAAUGAUGGAGGAGCAGCACAGAGAGAUGGGAGACUGCAGGCUGGAGAUCAGAUAUUAGAGGUAAAUGGCAUAGACCUGCGACAGGCCACUCAUGAUGAAGCUAUUGCUGUGCUGCGGCUCACCACCCAGCAUGUCCGCCUGUGUGUCUUCAGGCACCAGGAAUCCUACAGGGAGGAGGACCUGUGGGAUGUCUUCAGUCUGGAGCUGAGGCCUCGUUCUGGAGAAGGACUGGGCUUCACUACUGUGGGGAAGAGUAAUGACACUGGCAUCUUUGUGUCAGAUAUCAUCAGAGGAGGCGUAGCAGAUUCAGAUGGCAGGUUGUUGCUAGGUGACCAGAUUCUGUCAAUCAAUGGGGAGGAUGUGCGUGCAGCAUCACAGGAGCAUGCACAGAAACUCCUGCAGAGUUGCAGUGGAGCAGUCCACCUGGAGGUGGCUCGUUUUAAAGCUGGGGUGCAGUACUCACUGCGGAGUCAGAGCGAAGACUCUGACUGCUCCACGCUUACACCCUCAAGUGGAUGUGAUGCUUCUUUUGGCCAUCAGAGGGAGACAGAUAACAAAAUAGGAAGCAACACAUUUCAAAACUCUGACAUCAGAAAAGUGAUAAUCCAAAAGGGUCCAUACGACUCCUUGGGCAUCAGUGUAGCUGGAGGAGUGGGCAGUCCCCAUGGCAACAUUCCUCUUUUUAUUGCUACCAUGGAUACCAAUGGACUGGCUGCCAAAACACAGAAAUUACAGAUGGGAGACAGGAUCCUCAGCAUCAAUGAUGUUUCCACCGAGGGAAUGACUCAUGUCCAUGCUGAAGCCCUGCUCAAGAACACAAGCGGAACCAUCAUUUUGCAGGUGGCAGCAGCUUCUCAGGAAUGCAGCACACAGGGUCACAGCGAUGUGCAUGCAUGGUCAUUAGGCCAGCCUAGCAGCCUGCCCUGCUUUCACAACAGUCUCUGUGCUCGCAUGUAUAAGACUAUCACUCUGGAGAGAGGCACCUCGGGUCUUGGUUUCAGCAUUGUAGGAGGGUUUGGCAGCCCUCAUGGAGAUCUGCCUAUCUACAUCAAAACUGUCUUUGACAAGGGAGCAGCCAUUGAGGAUGGCAGGCUGAAACGAGGAGAUCAGAUAAUUGCUGUUAAUGGACACUGCCUGGAGGGUGUGACACACGCUGAAGCUGUUGAAAUUCUGAAAAAGACCAAAGGAACUGUUGUCCUCACUGUACUCUCAUGAGACACAGACCACUGGAUCUCAAUUGCAUGACAUCUUACUAAAAGAGUCCCGGAGGGGUGUAGUUGUUUCUUGUAGAGCUGCUUCACACAGACCCCAGGAGGCAAAUAUGGACAGUUGAAACAAUACAUAUAAUUAUAAGAAGAGCAGUUAUUGUAAGUCUAAAUUUAUCUGUAUUUAAUUUGUGGAAGCUACCUCCAACUGCAAACACAGCUAUAUUUACAAUCAGUAUUUCCAGUAAAUGUGUUACUUCAACUAAAUAAAAACAUUAUUUUUAGCAAAAUGACCACAGAAGAGAUGCUCAUAAAACCCAAAGUACCAGAAACAGGUAAUCAAUAAGUCAAUGCCACAGUCUGACUGUGGAAACAAACUGUUUUUGUUGGUCUAGUUAAUUAUUUAAAAAUAUAGUAGAGCAUGCCUUUAAAGCCAGUUAGGCAGCUGGGUAUAGGAUCGCCAUGGUGGUGGUGGUGAUGAUGAUGAUGAUGAUGGCUGAGUCCAGUCUGAGUCCAGUCUGAGUCCCUCCAGAAUGACCACUAAGCUCAGUCAUUUGUGAGGGACUCGGAGCUGCUACUCCUCCACAUUGAAAUGAGUCAGUUGAGGUUCUCAGGCUAAGAUGCUUCUAGGAUGCCUUCUAGAUGAGGGGUUUUAGGGCUGCCCCCUAGCACGAGACCCCAGGGUGGGCACACUAGAGAGAUUAUAUGUCUCAGCCGGCUUAGGACAGCCUGUAUCCCCACAGAAGAGCUGGAGGAGGUAGCUGGGGAACCCCCGUGACCCUGACCAUGAAAAUGAGUGGAUGGAUAGUUUAGCAUUGUUGUGCAUUAUUUUUCAUGAAUACAUUACUCAGACCUUCUGAAUGUGUUGAUCAUCCAAAUAUAUGAAAUUGAAACCUCAAAAAACAUUGUAACAUGUAUUGACAGCAGCCUGCCGCUGUUAAAAAAAAACAAACAAACUCAAAACAUGCCAAUUUCUUCUGCCAAUCUUUUGUAUGGCACUUAGGGUUUAGGAUGUCUGCUUUGAAAGACUGUUGUACUUUUCAUUGUUGUGUUUGAAUCAAAAUGUGUCAUGAUUUCAGGAAUAAAAAUGUCUUAAGUGACAUGUUGAUAAUUAGCAAUGUUAACCACCUUAUGUUAAACAGGAUAGAAAAUAGAAAAAAAAGAAAGCAUUUUGCUGCAUCUGUUAGAAGCAGCUGCUGAGUAUCGGCUGUUAUUUGCCAGUGUAAUAUUAAUCAGUGUUUUCAUAGUCUUUAACUUUAGCAGCUGCUUUUUUUUAGGACUUAAUUUGUUGCUGUUAAUAGUUCAGUGUGAAAUUAGAAACGGUUUCAUCUGAAUUUAUUUACAUGACUUCACAUGACUGAGAUACUUAUGUUUUCAUCACUGUAAUUUAUUUCAUUAAAGUGAGUAGUCCUCGUAGCCACGUCUUACACACACACACACACACACACUGGCAUUGUAUAUCAUUGUGUAACCAAAUCUAC